CAAGCAACGCCCGUCGCCUAGCGACAGCGCAUUCUCCCCCGAGCCCUGACAGUGUGACCGUUGGCCGCAUGUCGGGCCUGUACUUUGGCCACGCUUAGCGUUGUGGCUUUAGAAAUAUUAAUGCACAUCCUGACUCGCGGACGGGGCAGCAGCUUAUCAAGACGGAGUCCUCGCUCGAGAUUUGUUCUUGACAAAUCUCCAUCGUGUGUGCGAGACGGCACUGUCAGGGAUCCUUCGCCCCCCCCCCACACCCCCCCUGUCCGAGUAUAGCAUUUUAUAAACCAAUGUUCUGCGUGAGUUCGGCCGGACUCCAGCCACUCCGAGCAGCCAAAGUCUCUACUCUGAGCCAAACCGUGGCCUAGCAGGAAGAACGGCUCGACUAUGUGGAGGAAGAAACGGGCACUUGGGGAGUCCUUGGCUUGUCUCGUAUAUCUCUUGACGCUCGUCGAUGCUUAUCGAUUCCUGAGCCAGAGCGCGGCCUCCCAGUUCCUGAGCAGGCACAAGAGAGCCAACUCUAUGUUUGAGGAGACGAAGAAGGGCAACCUGGAGAGGGAGUGCAUCGAGGAGCUGUGCAACAAGGAGGAGGCCAGGGAGAUCUUUGAGAACCAGCCGGAAACGGAAUACUUCUAUCCCAAAUAUGUUGUGUGCCUGGGUUCACACCGUGUUGGCAUUAACAACCAGAACCUGGAUUCUACCAUCCCAUCGGACCUUCGCACCUGUGUGAACGAGAUCAGUAACCAGUGCACACCGUUUCCAUGCUACAAGGAAGGUUCGGAGCUCUGCGUGGACGGCCAGGCCUCCUUCACAUGUGUGUGUAAGCCUGGCUGGAAGGGGAUGCGCUGUGAGGAUGAUAUCGAUGAAUGUUUGGAUCCUGAAUUUCCAGCGAGAUGUAACCAACAAUGUAAAAACAUCCCCGGUAGUUUCCAGUGCAUGUGUGAAGAUGGCUACUUUAUCAGUGACACCAUCAACUGCGUGGAUGUGGAUGAAUGCCUUCUGUACCCCAGUAUCUGUAUGGAACCGGCUAAAUGUGUCAACACGCCUGGCAUGUAUGAGUGCCGGUGUCCCCUGGGAUUUAAAUAUAACUUUAUUUCCAAAACCUGCAAUGAUGUGGACGAGUGCGAGCUGGAUGUGUGCGACGGCAUUUGUAUAAACACAGUGGGCAGCUAUGCGUGCUACUGUGAUGGUCGUCAGGGUCUUCGUUUGGCAGAGGAUAAACAAUACUGUCAAAGAAUCCCUGUUUGUGUGGAGCUGUAUGACCACAAACAUUCUGAGAUGCUCUACCUGGGGGAGCAGUUUGCAGGCCUACCUGUCAUCUAUCUGCGUUUCCGUCUGCCGGAGAACACAAAGUUUGCAGCAGAGUUUGACUUCCGUACAUUUGACCCGGAGGGAGUUGUUCUGUAUGCUGAGUCCUCACAGGACUCGUGGUUCAUGCUGGGGCUAAGGGGCGGUCACAUUGAAGUCCAGUUCAAAAACCAGCACACAUUCAAGGUCACCAGUGGAGGAAAAGCCAUAAAUGAUGGACAGUGGCAUGUGAUUUCUGUGGAUGAACUGGAGAACAGCAUCAGUGUGAAGAUCAGCAAGGAAGCUGUGAUGAGCAUCAACAGCCCUGAGAGUCUCUUUACUUCAGUUAAUGGCAAACUGGAGACCAAGGUCUACAUUGCUGGUCUGCCCAACCGCACUGAAAACGUCAUCAAACCUAUCAACCCUCGACUUGAUGGCUGCAUCCGGGGCUGGAACUUGAUGAAUCAGGGAGCAUCUGGGGUGAAGGAGGUCAUCCAGGAGAAGAAGAGUAAACACUGCUUUGUGAAUGUUGAACGAGGAUCUUUCUUCAAUGGGGAGGGACUGGCACAUUUCAACAUUGACUACAGUGAUUCUGGGAGCUGGAAGGUGGAUAUAAAGAUGAAUAUACAUCCGUCCAGCAGCACAGGUGUCAUUUUUGCUCUUGUCUACAACAACGAAGUCCCCCUGUCGGUCGCUGUGGUAACAAAAGGAGAUGACGAUGCUAACCUGCAAGUGUUCUUGGACGGCGUCUCUGUGGCAAGGCUGGACUCACUGAUGUUGUGUUACCCCGAGCGGCUGACACUGCAGCUGAAUGUGACUUCCACAGAAAUCCAAAUCUCUGCCAACUUCUCCACUGUUAGCUACAUAACGUCUGAUGCCCUGCAGGAAGCACUGGAGCGCCUCAACACCACCAUGCAGAAGCCCGUCCGUACAUAUAUUGGUGGGAUACCAGACGAUGUCCCGUUACCUGCCAACCCCGUGACAGCGUUUUACCACGGUUGCAUGGAAAUCUCUAUCAACGGCCACCAGCUGGACUUUGACGAGGCUCUCAGCAAACACAACAGUAUUAAGUCCCAUUCCUGUCCUCCUCUCUCUCCCCCUGAAAGCCAGCGUGAUGCACAGCACCCACACAGAAAGUGACCUUAAUUAACAGCAGCAUCACAUUAAAACGCCCUCACAUUAGGCAGUGUCCCACAGUGGCCGCUUCUUGGGAUAUUUUGGAAAGAGAGAUAUAUAGAGCAGAAGAGAUGGGAGGGAGAAAGAGGAUGAGAAAGAUGUGACAAGAAGAGGAGAUAGAGGUAGACAGUUAUAGUCAUUUUUGUCGACUUUCUCUGAUGGGUUAUUUUAAGCUUUGUAUUAUGCUUUUCAUCCAUACAGUAUUAUUGCUCUUGUCCUGGGAGCGUUUUUUUCAGAUUCUUUUUAAAAAAAAAAUUUUUUAAGCAGGGCACAACGAAAGCUGGCUUGCCAGUGAGCUUGUCGGAAACUGGACAGCUGGAUGACGUAGUUGUAGCAGUUUGUUGCAAUGAUUUAAAUUCUUUCCAAGAAACUUUGUGCAAGAGCUGAGCUCUGUAGAACACAUACCAUGUGUUGAGCAAAAGAUGGUUAUGUUUGUGUAGAAACAUAAACAAAUGGUCGCAGUUGACCAGGCUGUGAGACCACCUGCAUCUUUUUCCUGCAGUUGAAUUAUGGUACUCUCUCUAAAUUCUCUUCAGUUCUGGUCUUGUGGAGGCAGACGUCUGGAGACAACUAGUUGAAAUUGCGGUGGUUCAUUGUGGCAGUGAAAACCACAGAGGAGAAAGCUGAGCCUCCAGGCUUUCGAUCCAAUUCUGUUGCAUUUGAAACACCAUCCCUAAAUUGUGCUUUGCCUUCCUGAAAGGGUUUAGAUAUGUUUAGAAACAUGGUUUAUCAUUUUAUUGUUCCCAGAACCCAACAUGGUUGUUGCCAGAUGUACAGUAUACACCUCUUGUUAUGGCAGGUCUUCAAGACCACCAGUCAGGCAAGACUAUUACAACCUCUGUUGAUCUAUUAUUUCUGUCCUCAUAUUCAGGGUUUUCCUUGUUGUCCUGUGUUCAUAAUUCACCUUGUAUAUAAAACAAGCCAUCUUUAAUAUAUACAGUGUCUUGAAAAAGUUUGGGCACCCCUGGUCAAAAUUUCUGUUACUGUGAAUAGCUAAGCGAAUAAAAGAUUAACUGAUUCCCAAAAGGCAUAAAGUUGAGGAUGUCAGAUUUCAAAAAGUUUGGGCACCCUGCAUGGUCAGUACUUAGUAACACCCCCUGUGGCAAGUAUCACAACUAAAUGCUUUUCGUAGCAGCUAAGAGUCUUUUAGUUCUUGUUUGUGAGAUUUUUGUCCGCUUCCUUGCAAAACGCUUCUUUUUCUGUUGAAUUCUUGGGCCAUCAUGCAUGCACUGCUCUUUUGAGGUAUAUCUACAGAUUUUUGCUGAUGUUUAGGCCCAUGCCACUGGCUGCAACACGAGCCCAAAGCAUGAUUGAUCCAUCCCUGUGCUCAACAGCUGGAGAGGUGUUCUCUUCAAGAAAUUCUGCACCCUUUUUUUUCUCCAAACAUACCUUUGCAUAUUGUGGCCAAAAAACUUCUACUUUAACUUCAUCAGUUAACAGGACUGGUUUACAAAAUGCAUCGGGCUUGUUUAGGUGUUCCUUUGCAAACUUCUACGCCGAAUUUUUUGGUGAAGACACAGGACAAGUUUACUUCUGAUGACUCUUCCAUGAAGAUCAUCUUUGUGCAGGAGAACAGUGCACCACCACUCCAGAGUCCUCAAAAUCUUCCUGACGGUCUUUUGCAGUCAAACAGGGGUUUUGUUUUGCCUUUCUAGCAGCCCUACUAGCAGUCUUCUCAGAAAGCUUUCUUGGUCUUCCAGACCUCAACUUGACCUCCACCGUCCCUCUUAACUGCCAUUUCUUAAUUACAUUACGAACGUAGGAAACAGCUACCUGAAAGGCUUUGGUAUCUUCUUAUAGCCUUCUCCUGCUUUUUGGGCAUCAAUAUUUUUGAAUUUUCAGAGUGCUAGGUAGCUGCUUAGGUUGCUGAUUGUUGAGACAAGGUUUUGGGGAGUCAGAGUAUUUAUAAAGCUUUGAAAUUUGCAUCACUGUGCCUUUCAUAACAAUGACUGUGAUCAAGCCAUAGCCCUAACAAGCUAACUGAGGUCUGAGACCUUAGUUAUAUAUACGAGCUCAAAUUUCUGGGGAUGCCCAAACUUUUGUAUGGUGCUCCUUUCAUUUUUUCACUCUAAACUUGUAAAAAAAAAAAAAAAAAAA